AAGGUAAAGGCAUUUAUAACAAGUCGUUCGCAGAAAAGAGGUAUAAAGGAUCGAAUACAUGCGAUAUGGUACUGUAUUCCAAUGGAUGAGGAAAGUAGGUCUUUCACUGAAGGAGAGGUCAAAUUUUUCUCUCAAUGUGACACUGGAAGUAUUCCAGUAAUAGUUUUGUUCACUAAAUUUGACGCCCUCUACGACGAUGAAUUUGCAGAGCUAAUAAGCAAGGGGGAAUCGAGGGAGAAUGCUAAACGACUGGCAUCCAUGCGUGCCAGGGCGUCGUUCGUGAACGGGCCACAAGUGAAGUUUUUGUACAACCGCGAGGGCAAGCGACGUCCUCCGAAUUGUCAUAUUUGCCUUGCUGACAUGAACAUGAACGAUGCAGACUGCGGGCCACUUAUCAAAUGCACGGCUGAAAAUCUGGACCAUGAAGCGCUCAAGCGAUUGUUCAUCUCGACUCAGCAGACCAACUUGGAGUUAUGCAUGAAAUAUGCAGUCGAAAGGUGA